GUCGCUGCCCACCUUGUAGCUCUUGUAUUUUACCGGUGGUCUGAUUUUGCGUUUGCUUUGCCGGCUCUGGCGGGCUGCCGGGUAAUAAUCUGCAUCGUCUUUAGGUUGUGACUCAAUUACUUCAUCGUUAUCACAGUCCACGUCUCCAGUCCGCUCCUCCUCCAAGCCCUCGCAUGGUGCGCUUCUCCCCUCCACCUCUGUUACAGUCACAUCCACGUUUUUCUUUGGCCGUCCUCUUUUGCGUUUCAACACAUCUGGCACCUCCUCUAUGUCUGCCUUUACCUCCUCACCCCUAACCGCUGCAGCAGAGCGUGCGAGUUCAGUGAGCACUUGGACAAGGUCUUUGACCUCCAUAAGACGAGCUGUGGCCAGAAGCUGCUCCGUGGCGCUCUCCUCCACAGACACCUGGGCGCUGUAGAUGAACUCCAGCACUGCUGCAAACAUCUUAGCUGCCAUACCAUCCAGCCGGUACGUAGACUGACCCAUCUGAUCUUCUGCCGUGAACAUGAGGGAGAAGUACUCGCUGCUUGCUGCCAGCAGGGCUUUGUGCGCCUUGAAGUGCACGUCUUCCACAACAAGAGUGAUGUCACACAGUAGGUCCCUUUUCCUGAGCUUGUCAAACUUGCUCAGGAUGCUCUGCUUAUGUGAAUCCGAAUGAAGGGCCAUGAGUGAAGAAGUCUUGGGUGCUGCUUUCUGAGACAUCUUCCGCUCAAAACAAUCACCUGUGUUCCUGUGGGAAAUGAAAAGAAACACUCUAUCAAAACAGGGUUAUAUAUCAUAAGACUGAGAAAAAGAGUUCACCUCCAGUUUGAGCCUGUCCAGGAUGAAAAGUGUCAGGGUUGCAGUGGUGGGCGCAGGUGUGAUCGGCUUCUCCACUGCUGUCUGCGUGGCUGAGGCGCUUCCUUUCUGCUCAGUUACUCUGCUGGCUGAGAAGUUCAGUCCAGACACCACCAGUGAUGGAGCUGCUGGGAUCCUGUUUGCUGAAAGGUUUCCAGAUAUUCCCUUAGAAAGACAAAAACGCUGGUUCAAGGACAGCUUCAAUCACCUGUUGGCCAUCGCUCAAUCCCAGCACUCAGCAGAGGCUGGAGUAAUGCUGAGUUCUGGCUGGCACAUUUUCAAAGAGGUUCCAGCUGAUAAGAAGCCCUUCUGGUCAGAGUCUGUGAUCGGCUUUAGAUUCAUGACUGAAGGUGAAUUGAAAAGGUUUCCGGAUCAUAAGUUUGGCCAGGCGUUCACCACCAUAAAAUGUGAAUGUUCCAGCUACCUGCCGUGGCUCGAGAAGAGGUUCAGAAAAGCUGGAGGCCAGGUGGAACAGAGGAUGGUAAAAAGUCUUCAUGAACUGAGCAACAGCUUUGAUAUCAUUGUCAACUGCUCCGGUCUGGGCUCCAAAACGCUGGUGGGUGACAACAAGGUAUAUCCGGUCAGAGGCCAGGUCCUCAAGGUGAAGGCCCCCUGGCUGCAGCACUUCAUCAGAGAUGGAGACGGAAAGACCUACAUCUACCCCGGCAUACACAGUGUCACUGUAGGCGGCACGAGGCAGGAGGGGGACUGGCGACUUCAAGUGGACGAAGGAGACACAAAGAGCAUCCUGGUGCGCUGCAGCAGGCUGGAGCCGUCGCUCAGCAAAGCCAAUGUUCUCUGCGAGUGGGUCGGCCUGAGGCCCAGCAGGAAGAACCCGAGGGUGGAGAGGGAGGAGGUGCACCUGCAGGGUCGGAGGUUGCAUGUGGUCCACAACUAUGGCCACGGAGGGUGGGGAGUCACCCUCGCCUGGGGUACCGCCCUGGAUGCACUGGGGUUGGUCAGGCAGUGCCUUCAUGAAAUGCUGCUACAGGCUAAACUGUGAACCAAGUAUGCCACUAAAUCCUGCUUUCACUCUGUGUCGAUAACACUUUAAAUAGUAGAACACACUGCCAGAGAUAGAAAAAUCAAAACUAGUGAUUAUACAUCAGAUGUCUAUCUAAGGAAAUUAGUUAUGUAAAACAUAAAAACGGGUAUGUGAGAAUAUAAUAGUAACUACUGCCUUUAUUCAUUUCUAUUUGCUGCCAAUAACAGUUGCCCUUAAGUGCAGAGAUCUACUGUCAGAGACAUGAACUUAAUUCAAAUAAAACAACAUUUAUUGAUAGGUGGGUAAAAAAGUAGCUAACAGUGAUUAACAGCCUUCUUAGCAUUUUUACAAUCUAUAAAAAACAGAAUUUACUGAUAUGAAACUGAUGAGAAAUAAACAAUUCAUGUAUACAUGUAAGAUACUUGCUGGGUUGUUUAAACACUAAAUUGCUAAACUUCCUGUAAUGUGCAAAUUAUAUGUGCAUUAGAACUGCUGAUUGUUUACUGUAUCAUCAUCAUAGUGCUUCAUUAAUUGCCAUCACUACCUGCAGUUAGAUAUGGAUAUAAACACAUUUUUGAUUGUCAUCGUUGGAAAAGCACAGGUGUUACUAAUAACAUUAAGUGUGGCUCUGUACUAUUCACUUGUCCCAGUAAGUCAUGGCUGUGAGGCCGUGAGUUAGCAUUCUCUCUGAAGGAACUACAUGGAAUUUAACCACAAUUCUUUUUAUUUACACUUCUGCUUUUCCUUUUGUGACAUGUCAAAAUGUCCUCUGUGAAAAAGGCCUGGUGUCAAAAAGGCAGUAAUGAAAAGUUCAUACUUAAAACUGUUCAAUUUAUUAACAAUGGCUUUGUUUGAUGUAGGAUAAAUGGCCACUUGCUGCCAAGCGAUGCUGCUUGUGCAACUGCUGGAACUUAGUCACAGUUUCCUCCACAGACUUGAUUCAGCUGAACAUCCGAAAUAGAAAGUUGGGGUAUUCCAUAUCGACCACACUGUAACCACACUCAGUAUUUUUUUAUGACUAACUUAUCUAUUUGUAACCUUAUUAACACUGUCUAAACUUUUGUUUUCUGAGGGAGGAUUAAUUCUACUACACUGUUGGAAACUGUAGGGAACUUUGUGUUUGGUGUAAUCCAUGUGAACCUACUAAAAAGUGACAACGCUG